UUAUGUUAAAAUGCCUGCAUCAAUUGUAAAGAGGGUAUUUAACGCGACAUAGACAUCCAUUGACAUGCCGAUGUCAUAGUGACGUGUCUUAAAAAUUCCCCGUCCUCGCAAAAAUGAAGUACUGGCACGGAAUUAAGGAAACAUUAUUGAGAGACAAAAGCAAGCCUGCGGGGGAUGAAGAUGCAGGCCAAAAAGGGGCCAAGGUGGAGGAUAACAUGAUUCCCAGACCAACAGGCACGGGAGACUUUGACUACGAAAGUUAUUGCGUUAAAGAUUCUGAAGAUGACUACGGUGGCAGGUUGACUGAGGAGAACGAAACCUUCGAUCAACGUUUUCAUAACGACGUCGAGAAGCAUGAUGCCCUUCUUCAACGACUUGGAGAUGACAUCGAUGAAACUAAGAAAGAAUACUUCUGUUGUGCCGGUCGCUUGGAGGAAAUGGAGAAGGAAGUGCAGAAACGGAUGGAGUUGAAAAAUCUAUGCUCGCACAUGUUCAAAGAGCAACUGCCUAAGAUUGAAAGAUCUUUAGAAUUGAUACAAAAUUUCGGUGACUCGCUUACCUACCAAAAUGAAGUGUUGGACUCGUGGCAUUGUUUCAUUGAGGAAUUCAGAAAAAUACCAGAAGAGCGUAUAUUGCAUGGAGAGCGUAGUACGUGUCAUAGAGAAUAAAAAAGGCAAAAUCAAAUUGUAUUUGAUCUUACAGAACGUCCGGUAUCAGAGUAUCUGGAGGAAGAGAGGUCUGAACGUCUGGAGUACGAAGGUUCGUAGCUACCUUCUGUG